CAAAAACGUUCUAAUCCAGCAAUAUUUUUUUUUUCUUAAACAAAAUGAUUGAAUAAUAUUGAAGAAGAUAUGAGAAGAAUGUUUAAACAAUAAUCGAAAUAAAAACAGUCAGUUUCGCGUGAGGCUAAAAAAUACUUGCUGAUAUUAAAGUAAGCAAUAUUGAACAUAGCAUGUGUCAUGUGCCGAUUUUUUUUAAUAUUUGUCAAAGCAGUUUUCUUUCUUCUGUUGUUUGGCUUUUGGAUUAGGCUUAUGGAUUAUUUUAAGAAAAAUUGGUAUUGCUUACUUAAUAGGUUGAUUGGAAGGAGAGCCUUUCGUAUGAUUUAUACGUAAUGGGUUCGAGUUAUGGAAUCUGUCGUUGACGCUUGCAUCAGAAUAUACUGCAUAUGUUAUACUUUUGGGUUACGAUUCUUCCCCGAACUCUUUAUAAACGCGAAAUAUUUUGUGCAUGAUCUACGUAAUAGUUUGAAUAGGAUUUUCAUUGUGGGGACAUUUGAUUUGUAAUGUGUCAGCAUCAUUGCUGAGUCAAUCAAACCAAUAGCUACAAGCAAAAGCCUUGUAUCCUAUAUAACACCUUCUUCCCCCUUUCCAUUCAUCAUCUUCAAGAAACUAUUCAUCAACAAAAUACAAAGAUAGAAGAAAAACUCAACUUAAAGCCACAAGUCACACUUCAAAAAAGAUGGAUUCCAAUUCAAUCUCCAAGGACAAGAAGAAAAAUGUAAUGCAAUCUAUGCUGUUAUGCUGCAAGCUGUACAUAUCCGAAUCACGCAACAAAGAAGCUCUUGAACCCAUUGAGCGCGCUGCCAAACUUGAUCCAGAAACAGUCAUUAUUAACAAAUUUCAGGACCGCGAUUACAAUCGCGUGAACUAUACUCUUGUAUCGUAUGUUAUUCAUGACAGCACAGGCUGCCCUAUUUACAGCCCCUUGCAUCAAACUGUGGUGUCCAUGGUUGCUGCUGCCUAUGACGCCAUAAACCUUGAGCAGCACUCGGGUGCUCAUCCUCGCCUUGGUGUCGUGGAUGACAUUCUCAUUCAUCCACUCGCGCGAGCUUCAUUGGAUGAAGCUGCUUGGCUUGCUAAAAAGGUUGCUGCUGAUAUUGGAAACCGGUUUCAAGUACCUGUUUAUUUAUAUGCUGCUGCUCACCCAAUGGGGAAAGCACUGGACACCAUAAGGAGGGAGCUAGGAUAUUAUCGGCCUAACUUCAGGGGCAUCCAAUGGGCAGGAUGGGCUCAACCGGAGCAUGUCCCGGUUAAACCAGAUGAAGGUCCGGAAGUGGUGUCUCGAGCUAGAGGUGUCGUGAUGAUUGGAGCUCAUCAAUGGGUAGCCAUGUACAACAUUCCAAUCAUGUCGACUGAUCUCUCAGCUGCUAGACGGAUUGCUCAGAGGGUGAGUGCUCGAGGUGGAGGCCUCCCCACCGUGCAAACUUUAGGCCUGUUUCACGGUGAGGACUCAACUGAGAUAGCUUGCAUUCUGCUGGAACCAAACCAAAUUGGAGCUGAUCGCGUCCAGAACCAUGUUGAGACACUGGCAUCUCAAGAAGGCUUGGAUACGGAGAAAGGGUAUUUUACUGAUUUGUCUCCUGAAAUGAUCAUUGAAAGAUAUAUGAAAUUAAUUUCUAAUUCGGCCUGAUUUAUCUGUAAAAGCUGUGAAUAAACUUACUCACUCUUGCUUUAAGCUUCUGUCAAUAAGGGAAAUCAACUCACCCAUUUUUUCCUUUCA